ACGUUGACGGGGCUUGCUUUAAAAAUGGCACCGAGCCAACGUCAUCGGCAAUUGUUUUACCUUAAAAAAGAUCAGAAGAAAAACAAUGGGAGGAAAUUAUCAAAACCAGAAGAAACGACCGAUUAUGGGCUUGUCUAUCCAGGCGGUGAUACAGCGUUCAAACUGCUAUUAUCAGCCAGAUUUUGCUCAGCGAUAUGGAGCCACAUAACGGAUUGCGAUGAGACCUUCAAUUAUUGGGAGCCGAGCCAUUACCUACUUUAUGGAACUGGUCAGCAAACUUGGGAGUACAGUCCAGAUUAUGCACUGCGAUCUUACACAUAUUUACUGCUACAUGUUGUCCCUGCAAAAAUCUACUGCUCCUUAUUAGAACCGAAUCCUGUACUUGUAUUCUACUUUAUUCGAUGCUUACUUUCAGUAGGCUGCGCCGUAUCAGAGGUAUAUUUUUACAAAAAUGUAUGCAGAGAAUUUGGAGUACACAUAGCACGUCUGACGUUAGCAUUUCUAAUUUUUAGCUCUGGAAUGUACAUUUCAAGCGCUGCUUUCUUACCUUCGUCAUUUUCAAUGUACUUAAGCACCGUGGCCAUAGCCGCUUGGUAUGAUCGUAAAUACGAAUUAGCAAUUUUUACCACCGCUAUUUCUUCAUUACUUGGUUGGCCAUUCGCUGUCUUGUUGGGCAUUCCGAUAGCAAUAGAAAUGCUCUUUCGUCGAAGAGAAUGGCUGCAGUUUGUCAAGUGGGCAGCUUUGUCUGGUAUCGUGAUAUUGGCACCGAUGGUUUGGUUCGAUUCCGUAUUCUUUGGCAAACUGGUUGUCGCUCCUCUCAACAUAGUCCUGUACAACGUGUUUACUAGUCAUGGUCCGGACCUGUACGGCACUGAACCGUUCAGCUUCUAUAUCUUGAAUGGCUUCUUGAAUUUCAAUUUCGUCUUUCUUGGAGCGUUGUUGGCCCCAUUUGGAUUGCUUGUAACUUGGAUGGUUGUACCCGCGAGACCAAGAAGCUCUUAUUGUCUGCCUUACUGGUACUCACUUGCGCCGCUCUAUCUAUGGAUCGCUGUAUUCUUCUUCCAGUCGCAUAAAGAAGAAAGAUUCCUUUUUCCAAUCUACCCCAUGAUCUGCCUAGCCGGAGCGAUAACAGUUGAUGUUGUUCAGAAGCUUUACUUCUUUGUCCGCACUCAAAUCAGCCCGUUACCAGUCACUUCUCAUUACUUACAACACACAGCGCCGAUUAUGGUUCUGUCGAUGAUUGUUUGCGGUUUACUUGGGCUCUCAAGAUCGUUCGCUCUUUACAAGGGCUAUUACGCGCCAUUAGAAGUAGUGAUGGAAGCCAACAAACUCGGAUCUGAUGGACAAGUACCAUCUGACGUAAACAUCAAUUUUUGCAUUGGCAAAGAAUGGCAUCGCUUUCCUAGCAGCUUUUUCUUUCCUUCGAACAAUUGGAGGCUCCAAUAUUUGCAGUCUGAAUUCACUGGACAGUUACCACAACCCUAUUCGGAUCAAGAAAAUGGCACGAGUAUUGUUCAGCCUCACUUUAAUGACAAGAACAAGGAAGAAACAUCUCGUUACUUCGACGUUGGAAGAUGUCAUUUUUUACUGGACUUGGAUCUUGGAAAAGAAUCUUCCCUGGAACCAAAUUACUCGCAUCAACCUGAUCAUUUUACAGUGAUUAAGACUGCCGAGUUUCUGGAUGCGUCUAAAUCUCAUCCGUUCUUCAGAGCAUUCUACAUUCCAUUCCUGUCGCCAAAAUACUGUAGCUACGGAUCUUACAACUUGCUACAAAGUACAAAGUUUAAAUUAAUGCCAGCGUCGUCUUCUGGCGGCAAGUCAAAAUUUCCGAGGGCACAAUAACGGAUAAUAAAUAACCAAA